GUAUUGGUGAAUUAAGUCAGAAAAAAGAAAAAAGAAAAAAGAAGAACGAAAAACGGAGGUGGUGUUGGUGUGAACAUAAUUCUCCUUUCCACUUGUAGAACAAUUUUUAAUAGGUAACAAAAUUUGGUUUCCCCUUUCGCAAGCCAAAAAUCAGAAGUCGUUCGAUUCCAUCUCGCCCACCCUACUAAAUAAGAUAAAGCCCAUAAUUUCUGAACGAAAACCCAUCAUUCAAGAAUUAUUCUUGCGAUUGAUUUUGGAGAUAUCGCUGAGGAAUUUCGAAGCAAAAUAAAGAAUCGAUAUUAAUGGCGGCAAGCGAAGGAGAAAUUCAGCCGAGACUGCAGGAGUUGCAGAAACAGCUGGCCAAGAAACAGUUGUUCGAGGGAUCUGUUUCCGAAAUCAGAUCUCUUCUAAAACAACAUUAUUCAACCGCUUCACCUAAUCUACGCAAAACGUUUUACACCGUUGUGUGUCGUGUUGCAACUGUUUUGAAGACGAGACACACUUCCCCCGGGUUUUGGAAUGCUGGGCUCAACCUCUUCCAGGAGGCUGAACAGCUCGUUUGGGACGCCUCCGAGAGAAAGCACUUGCAGAGCUGCAUUGCUCAGGCGCAGGACCAAUUAGGCGAAGUACAAAACCGGUCUGAAGACUCUCGAGAGAGUAGAAGUAAUGGAGGUUAUUUAUUUGAAGGGCAUCUCACUGUAGACCGUGAGCCUCCACAGCCGGCUUGGUUGGUGCAAACGAAUCUGCUGACUGCCGCUGCUGCCUUGCUUCAUGGUGAGUCGUCAGCAGAGCAGACGGGGAUUGCCAACUCGGGAGAAGGUGCUACGAGCCUACUGCACGAGCUGGUUAAUAGCCUGGAUGAUAUUCUGCCGGAGUUUCUGUCAGCUGAUUCUGGGGCUCCAAGAGUGCCACCUGCUAGCAAGGAAGUCGUGGCAAAUCUCCCCAUCACGAAAGUUACAGAAGGAAUCUUGGUGAAGCUCGGUAAAGAUGCCGUGUGUUCCAUUUGCCAGGAGAACUUGGUCGUAGACGAUGAGAUGCAAGAGUUACCUUGCAAGCAUAUGUUCCAUCCUCCUUGCCUCAAACCAUGGCUGGAUGAGCACAAUUCUUGCCCAAUCUGUCGCCAUGAGCUAAGAACCGACGAUCAUGCCUACGAAAGUUGGAAGGAAAGGGAGAAAGAGGCGGAGGAGGAUCGGAAAGGGGCUGCCAACGCGGUCCGUGGGGGUGAAUACAUGUAUGUGUAGAGAGAGAUGAAAUGCUUCUGGUUCGUAGUUGGUAAAGCUUUCAUGUUAUGCCCUUAUUCAUUCUACAUAUCUCUCUAUCUCAAUUGUGUUGGUGUUCAUUGAUUAAUAUAGUUUGUAUGAUUGGUUCAAAAAAAAUAUAGUUUGUAUGAAUGUUGUUAUUGAGAUUUGAGAAUAGAAUACUUGAAUCAAAUGAGCUUUAAA